UCUGAGAUCAAUAUCAUUCUGUGAUGUAUAGUCUGAAAUCCAUUGUGGCGUUAAGCCUUUUAAUAUGUUGUUGGAGUUUACUGGUCGACAUUCGACCCUCCUUUGCCAUGCCAAUUGAAGGAGGUAAGCAGAUAACCUGUUUGUUUUUCCUUUUAUUAAAACAUACUCUUUUCGUGUUGGUCUAUAAGCAAUUAACUAUAGCUUUGACCCAUUUUUCGCUUUCAUCAUUAUGACAUUUUCUGGUUCUUGUUUGUUGGUGCCUGUGGGUGAAACCAUAAUAGGAGCGCGACCGUUUAAACAAAAGGUCUUCUGUAAUACGCUUUUCAAGCGCUGUUUGCCUUUAAGUAUUGCUUAAGACUAAAUUUGACUUUUUAAAACAACUUUUUACUGUCAGUCACUUGAUCUGCGACUGGCAGAAGUGAUAUAACCCAAGUUGACAGCAGUUGUGAAAUUUUGAAAUUCUGAUGCUUUAUGGAACAGUGUCUUGAGAAUUUUUUCGCCUUUCUGUUUCGUUGAAACCUCGCUAAAAUUUUGUAGGGAAACUCACUAAAUGUGAAAAAUAGCCUAUUGAACACGAAACGAAAGGCACAAACUCUUUAUCCAAGUUAUGUGCAAAAGUGACUAAAAUCAGUUACAGCCAAUACGUCAUUUAAUGAAAUGAUCGUCCAAGGCAAAACGUUUUGAUAGGAUAUUUAAAGAGAGUCAGACUGAGGAAGUUCUGUUUGGAUAUUGGGGCUUAAAGUGGUUAAAUCAUGCUGACAAUGCCCCAUUAGUAUCCUUCUUAAUCUUGCGUAGUAUUAAUUCUUACUGAACUGUUUGAUCUUUAGUAAAUCUAGUAAUACCUCAUUUAUCGAUUCAAAACGAAACUAUUGCCUUAAUGAUAAGUGGCUGUUAAGAGUUCCUAGUCAUUACUUUCUUUGCGCACCAGUAGGAGGACAACUCGAAAAAUUUUGCGUUCACGUUGUCACGCUUGUUUGUUGUUGUUGCUUGAAAUUGCAUAACUAUGGCAGUAUGAAACAACCAUUUUAUGGGUCACGGUCAUAGCACAGUUUGAAGUCGAAUCUUAGCUGUACAACGUUUGGAGUUUAGUUUUGCUGCUUUCUCUAUGCCGUAAACUGUCUCAAAGAUGAUAUGAGGGAAGUUCAGUCUCAGAAAAGGGCAAGCGCACAGAUAUAGCACACAUGAUGUGAAAAUAGAUCCUCGUCCACCGUUUGAUACCUUGAAAAUAUUCGAGCAGCCGAGAGAAUUUUUAUGACUGAGUGUUAUAUGCGGAUCUCUUACCUUGAUGUUCAUGAAUCGCAGUAUAAACGUCUUACAAUUAACACGCCCACGGAAGCUGCCACUAAAAUAAACCAUGAAUCUAAGUUACAAGUAAAAAAUGUUGGGUUUGCACUGUUGUGUAAUAUUUCCUUGUUUAAUAUGGUCGGUUUCCCUGAAAAAUAGUGCGCGCAAAAUAGGAUCCAGAAUAGAGCACUUGUGCGCCCAAGGACUGUUUGAAUCUCGGACGUACUGGUGAAUGAACGUUAUUAAUAUCGUGAUGGCUACUAUGAAACUUGUGACAAAGGCAAUAAUUUCUUUUUAUCCAAGUGUAGUAGGACAGGUGAAAGGCGACAACUUUGGCGAAAGGUCAAAACCGUGAGAGAGAACGGAUGAAUUGGGUUGAUGUUAAAUGUAUUCAGUUGACUAUGACAAGGCGGAGAAACCUUGUUUCUACGUAAUCUUCUUUCUACGUAAUCUUGAUUAAUUUUGUUCAUUAAGAGAACGUUAAAGGCGAAGUUGAAUAAUUGUUAAUGAAAGAACAAGUGGCAUUGCAGGAAAAGAAAUAGUGCCAUCGAAAAAAGAAAUGACGUAAAUAAAAAGUCAAUAAUCCGAAUCGAGCCAACAAAAUUAGCUUUUUCCUCUACUGUUCAGGAUCAAUAAAACUCUAACAACUUAAAAAAGUGUCUGCUCUGCGCAGACAAUUAUCAAGAUAUGUACAAGCUUAUAACUCAAAGAUUACAGAACUUGACUCAAUCAAAUCAGGAAAAUGAUGAGAACUCACGGCGAUCAUUUGUUCUGAAUAAAAGCUUGAGUAACAAGGUGACAGAAAAAUCGCCAGCACAAAACAUCUCUAAUAUGAAUUUGACGACGGUUUUGUCACCGAUUUCAAACUUGACGCAAGUGAAUCAAACAGUGGCUGAAAACAAUCGACGGUCGUUCGUCCCUUUAAUAGCGAAAAGCUAUGCUAAAAGUCCUCUUACAGGAAAUGUAGCGGUGGGUACUCAGCUUGCAGGUACCACGGUAUCGGGAAACCUACAAAAAUCAAACUCGUCGAUCAGGAAUACAACAGAAGGCAAUUCACUGAGAGGAAAUUCAGUUACCAGAGGCUGGCAGGCCGGUUAUCCAGUGGGAAAGAACUUGGUGUUGGCAAACGACUCGACGAGGAAUAUUUUAGUGGGAAAUAAGGCGCCGGUGAAAAAUCAGGUUGGUAUUUUAGUGGCGGGAAACCGACCAGUGGACAAGUCAUACAAUGGAAGCCAACCAGGAGCCACUCUAUGGGGGGGAAAUCCGUCAAGUGGGAGCACGUUGAUAGGGAGUUCAAUAGUGAGAGACAAACCAGCGGUAAACGUUGUCGCAGGUGAUUCACUCGUUUCCAGGUUUUUGACUAACGCAGAGCAUACUAGUGCUUCAGUGUUUCCCAAUUCAUACAACGCUGGUCCGUCGACCGUCCCCGAGGACCGAAGUGGCAUUUACACAAAUCUUUACAGGUAUCCAUCGACAUACGACAAAAAGGAUGUAAUUUAUCGCCAAGCUUCCACCGUGCAUGAUCGUUCAACCUUGUACAACCACAAUCCUAGUCAAACGACGGGUGCCUAUCGAAAUUACCAACAUCCUGGCAACUAUCCCUGGUCUCAAUACUCACAUUACACAGGCUACCCAGGCUAUGUAAGCUACUUAAAUUUAAAAGAACAACAGACGCGGCGUAGUUACCUAGCACGAAGACCUGAUUACCCAGGCUACCCAGGGUAUGUAAGCUACCCAAAUUUUAAAAAACAACAGACAAGGCGUGGAUACCUAGCACGAAGACCUAGUUACCAAGUGGGUUAUCCACGUGCUUUAAGGCAGGGAAAACAAGUUAAUUACUCUACAACAAAGCAAGUUCGCACCAAAUAUACAGCGAAAACUGAUGUCCAAAACAACAAAACAAGCAAUAAGACUGAUCAGUACUCUACAACUGAGGUCUCAUCUAAUUCAAAUACUAUACAAGAAAAAUUCCCAGACAACCCUAGUGGGAUAAAUACACCGUCCUUGUUAGAUCCCCUCUCCCGUGAAAAUAUGGAUGCUGCAAGCUUCGGUUCAAGUUCAGGUUCUGGUUUCGAGGAGCCAGUUGAAAUGGGAAACGAGGCUGACUUUGAAGAACCCCGGGAGCUUAUUACCAGUGGAAGUGGUGACGAAAACGGGGAUUUGAAUACGAAUCCAGUGUCUGAUGUAGCCUUCAUGUUAGCAGGCACGAAUCAUAAGCUGCGUCCUUUGUCAGUAACAGGCCUUCCGAAGAAAUUGACAAGAAAGCAGGCCCUUGAUAUCUACAAAUCAGCCAUGUACUUUGCGGGUCUAAUGAAAGAAGGUGAGUGUUGAGGUUUUUUUUAAAUUUAAUCUCCAGGUGAUUUGACACGCAGAAUCAGAGUCAAGGCCAUGUUUCAAGGCCAAAAAGAGAGUGGAUGAACUUGGCGAUUGAACAGUGAAAUUAAAUUAGAGACGUAAGCUCCUUCGUGAUGCUGCCAUCAGAUCUUCUUGCAGAGAGAGUGUAUUGCGCAAGCGUAGUGUUGGUUAGCAUUUGAAAACAAGUAAAAACUAUUAAAAAGCCGCCUGUAUAGAGGAUUAUAUUACAAGUUUAAUUAGUUUGUGUUCUCACUUUGGGAAUGUUUGUCUUACAGGAACUGACAACAACGAUACAACCAAGCUAUUUUGUGACGCUUCAACGCUUACAAAACAAAGUUGAAGAAACCUGAAAACAGAGACAAUAAAAUACUCUUAUACCACGGCGUCACGGUAGAAGACAGGCCAAUCACGCAGGAAGGCUCUCAGACUAGACUUUGCUAAAUAUAUAACAGCAACAGAUACAAUGAAUACAUCAACAGCUACUAAAACAAAACCACUUUCUGCUACUAAUAAUUUACUGGAACUACAGCUGCAACAAUCUCUACAGCAACAGCAAAGAACACCAGUAUCAAGUACUAGUAAAGACAGCAACGAAUGAAAAAACAACAACAGUUUAAAAACAGCGACAUUGGAAGAGGAUCAACUUACCAUGUUCUAAUUUUUCCUUCCCUCACCUUUUCAUCUCACUUCAAGAAAAUUCACACCUUCGCUCAGACGGUGCGUGGUUACUGCACAGUCACCGAUACCCUCUCUUUGAAAAAUAUCCAUAAAAAAAACGUCUCUGUUUCGACCAGGCACUGUAGUCGACAAGUUCACAUCCUCAUUGCUUUUGGCCAAUCGGAGCCGAAAAUGAAUAACUAUGUACGUGUUAAAGAAAACGUGGAUUUAUAGGGUGAGACUGAGAGGUUGCUAAGGUGUAACAUUGUUUAUUCUUUUUGUGUUUUUCAGAUAAUAAUGUAGACAGUAGCUCGGAGCAGUCUGACAAUGACGAUACAGAUAAUGAUGAUAACAGUGAACAUCCAUUCACAGACGAGGAUGAUGAUGACGUAACUAUAACUGACAAUGACGUCAAGGAAGCUUUGGCGGCUUCCAGUGGAGAGUUGUACUCGAGUGGUCAAGAAGCAAGUGACGUGGAGGCCUCUGGUAGCCAAUUGGAAGCGCCUGUUAAAGUGGUGCCAGGUACAGGGAAUGACAUGUCGACUGGUAAAAACGAGGCUCCAAAGGAAAAUAAUGUGGUGGUUCAGAACAAUGAUAAUGGAGCUUCAAGUAGCGAAAUUGUGACUCCUGUAAGCAAUGAGGUUCAAAAACAAGCCAGCGAACCAUCAACAGUAGAAAACAAACCUCAGCAAAACGAUAUCUCCUCUGUGGACGAGAAAGUAGAAAGUGAUACUCAACCUCAGGAAACUUCGAAUUCCAAUAACUUAAGCCAAGCAUCUCCAGCGAAAAGCAGCGCUCCCAAGGAGGAAAGCCAAGCGGUAGAUGUUCAAACCAAGGAAGAUGAUGACACAGAUACACCUCCUCCAUUGGAUACUGGAGCAAGUCAAGUGUCUAGUUAUAAACAAACCAGUGAUUCUAGGCAGUUGGAUCUCAAUACUCCGCCAUCAGAUGAAACUCUGAUGAAAGAGACUCAGGCAAAUUACGCCGCUGACCAGCAAGCUGAGCAAGUGUUGUCCAAGUUGUUGAAAUGUAAGUGAAAAACCCGCUUGGGUAUAUGAACUAUUUUCGAAUUUUUGUUCGAGAUUAUAAAAGGAGGGUUGGUCCAUGAUCUUCAGAAAAAGAAGGAGGUAAACACUUCUCUCUUUCUGCACCGACGAUCAAUCUGGGUCUGUAAGAGUUUUUAUUAUUUAUGAUACUGGGAAUUUCUUGCUCAUUGAAGAAGCCACUUAUGCAGAGGAGAAAUAUUUCAUAUCAUCAACUGAGUUGAUUAGUUGUCCUCGCUACUGUAAAAUGUAUCGAGAGGUGACUUAUCGAGCUUUUUCUUUCAAUACAACGAUUUGAUCAGACGAAGGCGGGCAAAAACCCGAGCAUCACUUCCGAUGGGGAAAUAAUGUUGUGGAACAUUAUUUUUUCAGCUCGGCAAAGAGGUGUUUAUUCUUCGCCAACGCAGAGGGCAGUGAUUUGCAAAGAUACGACGCAGAAAAUAUUCUGUCCACCUAAUCAGAAAAUACGGAUUUUAAACGCUGAUUAUGGUGAUACAGGAAAUGUCGGCUGUCUAAAGGAGGCCAAUCCAAUGUCGUCUGGACCGUGCCGCACGCCAGGCGCCUAUGAGACAGUAAAGCGAGAUUGUGAGGGAUUUGAUGAGUGUGAACUAUCCGCUAGUAAUGAUGUUUUUGGCGACGCUUGCCCUGAUUCGAACAAGUAUCUGGAUGUAAAUUACGACUGUGUCAAUAAUGCGGGUAAGUUUUGGUGGAAUGGUAAACUUUCCUGAUUUCAGUUUCUGAAAGUGACCAAAGGCAGUGAAACUGUUAGCGCUGAUUUUUGAAAAGUUUAUCGUCUUUUUUUUCAAAAUUCGUACCACCAACACUUAAAUCUUGUUUAGGAAAUUAGGUAAUAGAAAAUAGCCAGAAGUGGUCCGUACUUGAAAAAGAGUUUUAAAUUUGUGGCAAUUCGUAUUGUUCAGCACACCGGACUUAGACGAAAUAAUUUUUUGUUUUUGUUUCAUAAUGAAAAGGCAGGACCCACCCUGCCUCACGUAUCUAAUGUGAUCUCAAAACCCUGUUAUGAUUUAAUUCUGAAUAACCAAUCAUACUGGAGAAACACAUAAGCUACCCGUAAACUAGACAGCUCGGUAAACUCAUAAGUUGUCAAAAUAGAACACUGGAGAGUCAAAUUUCGGAUUAAUUGGAGUUUUUCAAACUGUACAUAAUGAGGAAUUCUAUGGAUAUCUUGUUACCAUUUGUUUUCUUAUUAUUUUUAAAUGAUGUUUAUGCAGGUAUUUCAGUGACGAACAUAUAACGAGGCCUUUUUUUUCUUGACCAAAAUGUGCAAAUCCUAGGUUGAUAACCUAUCGUAUUUUCCUAAAUCUUCAGCUCCUUCGCUUCACUGGUACGACCUCUGGAAAUACCAUUCUAACCCUCUCCACGAGAAAGGUUUUGAUUUGCUUUUGUUAAACAGCACUUAUUUCCAAAAACCUCGGUUUGUCACUUACGCCUGUAAAGCUAACAUUUUGUCUUAAACUUUGUCUUCGACGUUGAAAAAACAGCUCGUAAAAAGUACGAUUCGCCUCCUCAGGAUUUUCGAACAUCGUCGCCCGGUCUUCGACCCAUUGUUCAGCCUCCGCAAUCUGCCUUUCAAGGUUUUCAUAAUAUGCUUACAUCUUACUUUGUUUUUGCUCUUUCUUUGUGAUAGAAAUGUUGUAACUGAUAAGCUGAUGAUAUUGUUUUUCAGUGCCAUAUGCACCCCCUGUACCGGCAUACGGUCAAGGUAGGUAACAAAUGGAUUUUUCGUCUUUAAAAUUUCCAGUUGCUCUCGAAGAUUCGUUUUUCCGUAACUGUUCACUUUCAUAUCAUAGCUCAGUCGUCUUCAUCCGAUACGCCAGCCGCUGGGGGGAUAGGGAGCUUUAUGUACUAAGAAUACUUUAUUUAUAAAAAAAUGCGUUGAAUUAGAUCUUUGAGUGUAAGAGGACCAAAUUUUAAAAACUUAUGAUUAAGUCAACGCCCUAACUAAAACCCAAGUAUGCGAGAACCUCUGAACCUUUUUUGUAUGUUAAGUUGUACUGGCCUUAUUCUCAGACAGUCCGAGAUUUCUAGCUCUAACGCCUUUUAAACUUCUGACAACAGUUGAAACUCCCGUAAGCGACAAACGAAAAUACCAAAAGUUGGUAAUCGUUCGUUGGAGGUGACCACUUGCGCCAGUCGUACCACAGGACUCUCAACUGGGAACACUUCUGACACACCUAGUUACAAUACCAGCUACAUUGAAUAUCAAAAACAUAUUGUGACAAGGAUAGAACAAAACUAAUUUUGUUAUCGGCUGUUGUUUGGUGUCACAUUAUUGAAUUUUUAGCGGUAGGAGAAGUGACCAUGUUUCAAAUGGAAGCCUAUGGGUUAAAAAAAUACAACUUCCUUAACCGGCGCAAGUCGCCGUGGACUCACAGGAGGGUUCAACUGUAACUGAAUUAGUAUCAGUCACAGAGAGAACAGUGAAGAACAUCUCGAGGCUGUCAUUUCUUGUGCUUGUUUUACUUUAAGCGAACUUCUUCUGUGCCUCUGUGAAAGCUCGUAAGCCAAAAUUAAAAAUGUAAAUAAAAAGUUCAUUGUUUCUAACAUCCUUUUUGUAUUAACUAACAGCAAGUUACCAGCCUGCACCACAGUACGUCAAUCCCGUCCCACCCCCAGUCGCGGCCUAUGCACCGGCUCCUUAUCAAGGUUUGUGUAGUUAUUAAAUAAUCCAUGAUUUUGUCAUAGAUGAUAGUCAAUACGGAAGUAUACAUGCAUGACAGACGCACCUACUUUUUGCAUUCUUUCAGCAUUUUCUCUGUGGUGUUUUAGUACUAAAUUAAACUACCCAAAACAAUAGUAUUGGGAUGUCUUAGGUUCGAGUGUUUUUUUUAUGUAUAGUUGGGUAUUCUGUGUCACUUCUGAUUGUGUCAUCUUUCCUUGAUGUUGGUGUUUUUGUGUCUGAGUGGCCAAAAACUUGAACCAUUUUUAAAGUUUGUAUUUGUUUUAACUAUUAGACAAUGGCAGACCUGCGCAACUUAUUCAAAACGUUUUUGGGCAAAUAAAAGUACAUUUAUUUACUUUUCUUUUUCAAUUGUUAUUUAAAGAAAACUCUCUUUAUCAUAAGUGCGCCUACACGCUUUUGCCUGUCUUAUUUUCAUGGGUUUUUCAUUGCCUCUUGUCGUUUUCAUGUUUCAUUUUGUAGAAAUUCUCUUGUCCGACAAACCAGGUACUAAAAGUUUCUUUUUCUUAAACGCAAGAAAAAACUACGUGCCUUUUCUCCAAAUUCUGUAUUGAUUUCAUAGUAUUCUUCGUAUUUGCUGUGGUUCACGCAAGAAUUAUGUCAGAGAAAUGUACUGUAAAGUUAGAAGAGAAAACAGAUAGGAAAAAUAUGCAUGGUUAUUUCUGCCCCUGUCUUGGACUUGAACAGAGGAAAGACUAUGAAUUCAACAAAAUAUUACGAUAUAUAAAUUUUGUUUUACCAGCCCCACCGGCACCCGCCUACGCACCAUCCAUGGGACUUCCGGACAUUAUGCCACCAAACCCUUAUGUAGCUCCUGAUCCGUGUAAUCCUUGCAAUACAUGCGCGCAAUGUUCCUUACAAGUGUGUAGUCCAUGUGCUCAGACAUGCCAGCCCUUAUCCUGUCCGCCGCGCAUACCAGCAAAGCUACAGCCGCUGUGGCAACAGUGGAAUGAAAGGACUGCAGGUAAUUCCUUUUUCCCUUACAUGAUGUACGUUUUAUUCCAUUAUCCACCAGAGGUAAUUGGCCCUUUUCACACUAGAGACGAAUUAUACGUCUGAGACGGAUAAUCCAUCUUCAAAAUCCGUCAAAAUUGACGGAAAACAGAUGGACAAAUUGAGGCGGAUUAUCCAUCCGAAAUUAAGACCGUUCCAUUUUCGCAUUAAGACGUAUUGUCUGUCUGAGCCGCGUUUAACCAAGGGAUAACCCGUCUCUAGUGUGAAUACGGCCAUUAUCUUCAUUUUCACCACCGUCAUCAUAAACAAUGCCAAAGGAAAGUACUGCUCAUGAAGUAGCUUUUGAAUGGUCACAUUUGAGGAUUUCAUCCUCAGAUCAAAAAAUUUAAAAUCCCCUUACAACAUAAAAAACAAUAGCACAGGAAAGUACUACACAAUAAAAUUCAAAGGAAAAUACAUGGUAGUACUUUUAAAGAAUUUUAUAAGCUGAGGACACUGAAGAAGUUAAUUUCUCAAACUCAUUAAUAAUUCAUUAAAAAUACAAGCUGGAAAUCAAUGUUUAAUGAGUGUUCGGAAAUCAGAGGAAAAACUGCUCACUUUUGCAUUCUUAAUUUCUCCUUCUGAAAUCAGUUUGUUUGAGAAGUAAUAUCAAACAUUCGAAACAGUGUUUCAUCACCAAAUAAAACACCUCGAAGUUCGUCAAAAAUACUCCGCUGCGCGUCUAUUUUCAACUCCCUUCUCGUUGUUUCAUCUGGUGAUAAAAUACUGCGUCUCAUGCUUGAUAUAUUACUUGAAACAAUAUCUUACCAUAUAGAUGGAAGAUUAUAUAUAACAGUCGCUUCCGUAUUUAUUCAUUUUCUCAGACAUGAGUCGCAUGGAGAUGGCCGCUUUGAUAAUUUCACCUCUUCCUAAGCUCUCUCCCACCAAAGCUUCCGAAUCGACCGAGUCUUCGGGCGCUGCCGAAGGAUCUGAAUCUGGUGAGCCAACCCUUGACGAGGACGCUCUGUACGAGGCGAGUAAGAGGUCGCAAAUUCAACGAAUAAUGCCACAGAAAAAGUCAAAGAAAACCACUUUAAAAACGCAUGGAAAAAACAGCAGUGAUCAAGAGUUUCUUAGAAAUGGCGACUUAAUGUCUUCGUCUGGUGACGCAAGUAGUGGCUCUUCAACGUAAAAGUCUUCGAGUGGGAAAAUUCCUCGCGAGUCUUGGGAUCACUUCAUCUAUAAUUAUAUGGUGAUCUAAAAUCAUAAUAUGUGGUGUGCAAGACAUUUUAAAUGCUUAAUUUUGGAGGAAAGAGACCUGCAAAACCUAGAACAAAGCAACAGCAUCUUAAAUAUAAUCAUGUGCAUCAUUAACGGCACACCAUAGAGACUGCUAUGUGACUCAGAGACAUGCAAAACGAUAAAAACAUGCUUGGGUCAGGGAGGAAGUAAAAAUGAUAAAGGGACUGCCAAGAACGAAUUGUUCAUCUCAGAUGAAAACUAUAGAAACAUGGGGCAGGAUAACAGUUUUUUUUUCGUUUUUAAGGAGACUUAGGAGUUUUAGAACAAAUCUUUUAGCCCUUUUAGACGACCAUCUCAGUGCUCUUUGUCUGUGAACAUUCAUAUAGCUGUUCAUACAGUAGCUCACAGCUUUGACGCACGCAGGUUCUCUCAGAAUCAGCAGGAUGUGUCUUUUUCUUUAAAAUGUGGUAUCCUUUCCUUAUGUAAUUUCUAACGUUUUAUUAGCCAUUUACGUAUGUAUAGGUAGCAGCAGGAUUUGUAGCGGUAUUUUGGCAUAACCAAUAUAAUUGAAAGAUGUUUUUUGAAAUUUUGCGAGUAGCAUUUGUUAUUAGAAAUCAGUCAGGUACAAAAAAUGCUAUAAAUUGUUUUUACUGUUACCCAAGAAAUUUCUGCAAUUGUAACAUGAAGCAUUUCAAAUUAACCUGAGAUACAACUGCUUUCAGCCAAUAAAAGUGAAGAAAUUUUUUAGAUAAUAGCAUACAAUGCAACGCCGGUAUUUUCCAAUACCUGGCUAACAUCCCUCGAGUACCAAUGAGCCUCUCAGUAGUAGCUUAAUUGUUAGAUUAUUAAAAAGUGUUUCCAGUCAGUUAAAACGAAGGGGUCAAAAACUUGUUUUUUAGGAAGCUUUUGCAUCCACUGUAAUUGGCGAAGUCAGUCAAGUUUCAACUGAAACCUAAAGGAAUGGCUCAUUUUUUAACCUACUAGGUGGACAAUAAGGAAAGUAUAGAGAUGUUUUUAGUAGUCUAAAAAUAUUUAGGACUUAAUGUUACCUUCUGAGAUAGUUCUUACUAUGUCCAUCAAUGUAUCAGAGGUCAAUCAACUUUGCCAAUUUCUAUUGUCGAUGUAAAUAGGAGAGUAAAAUGGCAUGUUAAUUGGAGCGUUAUAUUUUUAAUAAUAAACACGUGACACUUUUUAGCCGUCUCAAGAAUAACAUUGAUGUCUACUUAAAGUCUCCUUCGCAGCCACUCGGGCCGGACGCGCAAUGCUGACCAUGUUUCCGAGCGGCUGGGAAGGAGACUAGUCUUCUUAUAAUUAAUAAAUUGCAUAUGAACCUCUCUUCGUCUUGCUUACAUGUACUGUGCUGUUAAGCAAGAGUAGGGGCCUGAGCCUGCAUUCAUGGCCUCAGGUUCAAAAGAUAAGCGCAGUUCGUUUUCUUUUGCACAUUGCCAGGCCAAAUAGAUUAUUUGGGUUGUACUCGCAUCAUGGUUAUCUCCUACAUAUGCUCCUUGUUGACCCCAGGGUGAAUUAUAACUAGUGAUUCAUUCAGAAUGUUUGUAUUGUAGAUGAAAAGUUAAGUGUCCUUCAUUCAAUCUAAAAAUGGGUCAAUGGGUAACGAAGUUGGGAUCGCGAAAAUUACAUAUUUGCCCAAAAGUGACUAAGACGGGGUCUAUAAAUGGCCACAGAAUAGACUGUAAUGGGGCAGGGGCUCUGAGAGGCCAGCGGCACAUACCCAACAAAAAUUAACCCAAGCGGGAGAGUAACAUGUUGCGACAUUUGUCUGAGACUCAAUGUUAGAGUUAGCUCUACUAGUCUUAUUCUACUUUCCAGAAUGGACUACAAGGGAUUCAUCAUGUUGCUUUGUUUUUAAUCAGUUUCUUUUCAUCCGCUUGGUGAAACGAGACACUGCGAAGUAAAUUUGCAAUGAAAUUUGAAACGUUUGAAUCAAACAAAAGGUCAUGUUCAAGUGUUAAUCGGCCUUAGGUAGACCUCUGCCCGUUUCAACGGUGUAUUCAGUGGAUAGUCUUUUAUCUGGUAGGACGAGAUUUCCAUUUUUCAGUCAACCGCGCACACAGACGUUGAAAACACGGCGAUGUGCUAAUUAGCUCCUUUAUCAGUCGCCCUCCUAUGACACCAGUAAUGCUCUCAACAGUGAUGAGCUAAAUGUGUGUGGAUUGACGAGUGUCUUGUGGAAAGGCCGAGAUGGAUUUUUUUAACGACGCCUUUUUAAUUACCACACACGUGAAAGCUUUGUGCUCUCAAGUAUUUUAGGACUUCCCAAAAAGUAGCCCGUUGCAUUCAGUUGUAGAUAAAUCAAUACGCGCACCAUCAGAAAAAAAUGCAUCUAAUAUAUAGAUUUAGCUAGAGCUAAAAACGAAAGCUCCUGUCACAGUUUUUGGUUCACUCCAAACAGUGAACUUAGAAUUAUUGCAAAGAAAUCCAAAGAUCUAUACUUAGCUUUAUGUGGGGACCAUAUGACGUUUUAGGCACGAGCUGCUGGUUUCAGAAAUAAAAUUGAACUUGAGCCUGUGAUCAAUUUAUGCUUAUAACUGGUCAGCGUUUCGAUUAGUUGAAACCUGAACCCGCGAUAUUUACAUCUUAUGUGUACUGAUCAGCGGAUACCCUUUUCUGACACCUGUAAAUUGACCAUAACAUGGACGUCGAUCAUCAAGUUGAACACAGGUUGCAGGCUCCCACACAAGCUUUGGUGGUGGUCCCGACGGACGGGCGGGUGGACGGAUGCACGGUCACGUGACUAACAAAAUAUCUCGGAUACAUAGAUUUUAAAAUUUUCUUAUCAAUGGUGCAUCGCUAUGAAUGGUGACAAUGCUCUAAGCAUGGCGGUCAAGAGGUUAACGCUCAUUUAACCUUCAUAGAAGAUUAGUAAUUAGAGCUCUUAUUAGAUAUCAGAUGUAAAAGGCGGGAUUCGCUGACCACCAAUGACUGCUCAGUGAAAUGCUAACAAAUCUUAACACUGAUGUGCCAAAAUAUUUAUCCCACUAUUUAUAAAACUAUCCCAGGAGCCCGGAUCACCCUGACUAUCCGUGAUUAAGUGGUAUCUAGCCAGUGAGCCUCAUAUCUGGAAGUGUACCGUGGCGUUGCAUUUUCUCAGAGACCAUAUUGUCCGUCUUAACACAAUUGUCGGAUUAAUAUCCGGGUACUUGUGACGUAUCGAUGAGGUCCUGUGAUGUUUGGACAUUUUAUCUCCUCUUCUUUCUUUAUAGCCUAAGAACUGAACAGCACUUGUCCAUCUUAUUAAACAAACAUGAACGGAUAACGCCUACCAUGACCUUCACCAAUCCAGGGAGAAAUUAUCGGCUAUUUUUCUGUUUGUUCUUAGUUGACUGGAUCAUGUUUAGGUUUUAUCUAGCUUUCUUGCUGGUUCCUCAUUUUACAGUUUUAACACAGACAAGCAAAGCCUUGAGAUGAGUUUUUUUUAUGCCUUUUCUACUCAUGCGUAGAUAUUUGAUUAAUUUCGUCAAUUGCCUUUUGAUUUUCCUUCAUGCAAACACCAGAAACGCAGGUAGACAGUUAUAGCCUUUUAAGAUCACUUGACAUGGCUUCAACCAUUAUUCAACAGCUAUAAAAGCAAACUCGCUAUUGACAUCUGAGCUUUUGUUUUCAAGAGUCAGACUGUAAGUUCCUUGGGCGUGACCAUGAAUGGUAAGAUCAGUUAAGAAGUACGUAUUCGUGGUACCCUUUACUCUUUCGCGUGUUGUUCCAAAGCUUAAGCACAAAGCGGAAGUACACGGUAGACUCUCCGUAAGUGUACGUCAUUCCGUGCGCCAGCCCUUCGAAGGGCUGGCGCUUCUGUAUCUCACUACGGUGGCCAAUCUAUCCUAUAAACUUAGUUGAUAAUAAAAUCAAACCUUUGUAUUUCACUCGUACACCGACGCAACAACACAGGUCCUUUAAAGAAUAACCCAUACAUUCUCAGUAAGUGCAAUCAUGCAGAUGAAAGACGUGUUUUAGAAACAGAGAAUUUUUUGAGCGAAAAAUUUCUUUGCUUCGCUGCGACUAGUCACCUUUCAGCCUUGUAGUUUCUCAAAAUUCAUAAAUCUUAAAAAAAUGAUUGUACCCUUGAUAACAUAGCACAAGGCUUGCUGAGUAAACUAGUUUUUGUUUUCAGAGUUUUGGAAUUAAAAAAAAAAAAGAUAAUAAAAAUAAACAAACAAAUGAACGAAAACCAGAAAGUUAUAUUUAUUUUAACUUUGCCAUUGUUUCUUACCAGACAACCAUGACAGACUCAUUGAACUUUUAACGACCAUUCAAUCACUUUAAGUUCGCCAUCACACAAGAAGUGAUAUAGAAAAGUCGAUUUUUCUGUUUCGAUUAUUACAGGGUCCAUUAAUAGGGGUUGUAAAUCAGAAAGCCAUCUCCAGGUAUGAAUUGGAAUCACUGAAUUAAGCCUGAGACUAAACUUCGUAACAGUAACAAUCUCUCUUUUCCCUCGCCCCCUUCAAUUUCCAGUGAUAAUCAAGACCCAAACUUCUUCCUGAAUAGCACAAAAAUAUGUCUUUCUACUGCAGGCACUCAGCGUGUAUUUGUCUAGAUGUGUCACACUUAAAACCUAAGUUCUCAAACAAGAAACAAAGCAAUUGACAAAGACUUAAGCGUGAAAUUAGUUUAUUUUGAAAAAUAAUUACUUUUCGUGCGAUUAAUAAGAAACCAUGACUUUUUAAAGGAAGAAAUGUUCGAAUUUUAGUAUAUCUCAGUUUUCUUCUCUGGUGCUCCCUUGUCACUUGUUCACCGCAUGACUGGUAAAUACUGAAAUAUUAACAAUAACCAAUGAUCCGAUGAAAGGGCGUGGACUUGGGAAAAGCGUACGAGAAGAAUUGCCUUAACGCCACUAAAAUUCAAACCAUAACACUAAGUAUUUCUGGCGAAGUCUAAAUUGUUUCUUGCAGGUCAAGAAAUCAAUUCAUCUAUUUCAGAAAUAAUGACUGACGCACAAAAACCAAACUACCUCAGAUGGUAUGAAUUAUUAAUCAGCUAUGGUCCCUGACUUAAGUGAAUGAAAGAUUACAAAGGUCGGUGAAUAAUUUAGCACUUCCAGGCCCUGGCAUAAAACGUUUUCUUUCAGUAAAUCAGAAUCCAAUCCGUAAUCAGGGAACAAGCUUCAGAGAGAAGGUAGGCAAAACGGCUAUCAAGCAGUGAAUUGAUUUGGUUCGCUGUGGUUCAACGAAAACCAUUAGGUGGGAAAAAUGAACGUACAACUCUUGAAGUAAAGAGUAGGACCAAGAUAAAUUUGUGUUUUAUCGCGGUAUCAUCAGUUAAACAAAAGGAAACUCAACGCGUUAUUAGCCAAGAAUUGAACAGUUGAAGACAUAUUUACUUUUAACACAUUAGGGAGCUUUCACGAUCACGUUUUAAGACUGAUCAUAGCCUUUGGUCAGUGAAACGGCUGUUUUUUUCUAAUUCUAAUUAUUAUCAUUUGUAUAUAUUUUUUAUAGCCCAUAAUGGCUCCUAAGACAUUUUUAGUAUGUCUUGCACUACUGGCGGUGGCCUACGUCGAAGCAGGAAGACACCCUAAAGCUACUAAAUUAAAGAAAGGUGAGUUCUUUUUUAAAUGUUUUCGUAACGAAAUAACAGAAUAAUGGAAGAGAAGUCUUUAUUGACCUCUUCAUAAGCCACUGAAAGAUGAACGAAUAUAUAAAAGUUUUAUUGUAGUCUAAGACUAAAAGAAAGCGAAGUAACAAUGCAUUAUUUGGCAGUGACGAGGGUGCAGCAAACCAAAAUAUUAGAUUUCUCGGCUGUAGGGCUCUCUGUUGUUCGAAGCGAUCGCUUUAAGAUUCUUUGAUGUUGUUGCCUCGAUUUUAUGAAUAGAUCAGUUAAGUAAAACGCCAAGUGAUGCAAAAAUUAACAUGUAACUUAAGAAAACGUUUACAAGCAACAAGGAAAUUUCUGAAAAAAGUAGAAUUUGACACACGAAAAUUUAGAAGCGACGAUCGAAAAGUUUGGCCACAUGUAGCCCACCUAAUACCACCUGUAGCAUGAGGUAAACAUCAAAAUAGUGCCGAUAUUAAUUCUACCAAGGGUAAAAAAGAUUUUAAGUUAAAAGUCUUGUUUAAUUCGUUCACAGAGAAACUACAAAAACCAUUUUUUGGUGCUCACAGAACCUGAAUGGCUAACAAUUAUCUUACUAAAACUUUUCUGUAAAGCUCUUAUGGGCCAGUUUUCCAAAAUUAGUAUGCUUUGUACUUCCUCUUACGAGCCACUGCUUGAAAAUAUGAUUAAUGAAGGUCUCAGUGGUUAAGCAUUACUCUCACUCUAAGGAGAGUGUACAUCAGUUGAGAGUUCAAUAAUCAUUUUUUGGAGCUAAUGCAUGAAUUCCGUAGAUCAGUGGUGAGAACUGCGAUCAUUUUUCGGGCCACGAGUAACGUUGAUUGACUUAUCAGGUUUUACGGUGAUAAGUCAUCGGCCCUAGAUUUACCUCUCUCUUUCUCACAGCCAAGCAACUCUGUGUUCUUUUCAUUAAAGGUUUAGCUUUCGGAUUCAAUUGCAUAGGCACGGUUAUUCAACUGAAAUUUUUGAGUGUCUGAACGUAGCCCCCAGGGUGUCAUUUAUCACAGUAUUUGGCACUUAUUGCUUUUCCACCUUUUUAAGGCCAAUUUGUUGAACUGGGGAGCUCAUGGGGCGAAAAAUCAUGAUAUUUAAAAUGUUUUAUUUAAGCCUCAUUUGCACCUUUUUUGUUUUCUUUAGUUACAUCAAGCAAAGGAUCAAAGAAAUGCGGCCCUAUGUGUUCAGUUUCAUGCGCACCUCCUUGUCCCCCAACAUGCUGUCCUCCUCCCCCACCCCCACCCCCACCAUGCCCUCCUCCAUGCCCACCACCACCACCCCCUUGCCCACCACCUUGCUAUUCCUCGAGUAUAACACACUCGCAUAGCUCCUCUUGGGCACCACCUCCGCCACCACCCUGCCCACCUCCCUGCAUGCCACCAGGUCCCCCUCAGUCUGUUCACCACAUCCAUCAUGUAACACAUCAUCACAUGUUGCCAGCACCACCUCCACCCCCACCACCUCCAUGCCCUCCUCCUUGCCACACAGCUAGUGUUAUGCACACCCACAGCCACCAAUGGGCUCCAAUUCCCCCACCUCCUUGCCCACCACCUUGUUCACCACCUGGUCCACCCCAGAGAAUCCAUCAUGUCCAUCAAGUUGUCCACCACGUUGUCCACCCACCACCGCCGCCACCACCCUGCCCACCACCCUGUCCUCCACCCUGCCCUCCCCCAUGCCCACCACCCUGUCCUCCCCCAUGCCCACCACCCUGUCCUCCCCCAUGCCCUCCACCCUGCCCUCCCACAUGUGCCACAACCUGUGCGCCGUCCUGCCCAGUAUCAUGCUGCAAGAAGAACAAAGUAAAGGAUCAGGAGGCUUCUAGCAAUGACGAGGAUGAAGAAGAGACCGAAAACGAGGACGAGGCUGUACAGAAGGAAGAGAAGAAACAAGAGGAUGCAAAGGCAGAGGACAAGAAAGAGGACAAACAAGAAGACAAGCAGGAAAUUAAGAGCGAGAAAAAGGUGGAAGCUAAAGACCAAAAGAAAGAAGACAAGGAAAAUAGCGACGAUGAAGAUUAA